AUGCUCACUCGGUGGAUUCAGGCUGGCCCUUCGCGCCUAACUCCUGCAUCUCGACGCUAUGAAAGCUCUUUCAGUCCCAUCAGCUGGCUGUCAAAGACCUUUUCUCCCGCUCCUGCAGAACAAGAGGUAGCGAGGGCCAAGACAACGCAAGAAGGCAAGCCCCAGACGCCCACUGCGAAACCUGCGAAAAGCACGAGUAUCUUUGCUCAAGUUGUCCCCUCGCAAGCAACGCCUCAGCCUGCAAAGCCCUUGUCUUCCAAAUAUGAAGUAGCAUUUCAAAAAUCCACAACCGCACCGUUCAUAAUAUCGCAUCGGAAACUUAACAAGUUGGGCCGACAAAUAGCAGGCAAACCUAUUGACUAUGCUAUCCUGCAAAUGCAAUUCAGUAACAAGCGCGCCAGCUCGAAAAUCAAGGACUUGCUCCUUGAGGCUAAGCAGAGGGCCGUGCGCCUCAGGAAGAUGGAUGAGCCUACGCUCGUCGUUGCUGAGGCCUGGGUAAGCAAGCGGGCGAAAAGGUCUAGGAAAAUGGUAGCCCAAGGACGUGGUCAUCGUGGUGUUCGAACUAAACCAAGUUCGAGCAUAACGGUAGUAUUGAAGGAAGGCAAAACGGUUGAGCAGCUUAAGGCUGAAGCCAGGAAGCGGAAAUUGAGUAGAAUAGUCUCUUCAGCGGUUACACGAGAGGAUGUGCCUCUACGAAAUGUUGGAUCUGCUUGGGCCUGGUAG